CUUUAUUACACUCUGCAUUUAUUGCAAUGACAAUCUAUCAAUCAACUCGGAUCAGUUGUAUUAUUUUACUAUUAAUCAACAUGAAUUUAUUGGUGAAUAAAUUUUUUUGUACCACAUGUGCAAUACAUACAGUGAUUUGAUCGAAAAGUGAAUCAUCUUUCAGUGUUGUGACGUAAUUGUAAAUUUCUUAAAUCGCAGUGGGCGCAAAAUUAAUGAGUGAAAUGGAGGAAAAAAUUCUCCUCGAAAAAUGACGUGGUAGGAAAAAACCCCACACACAAACAAACUUGCAAAAACUGCAGGCUUUCGAGAUAAACGUUCAGAGAAGAUCUCUUCACGAGCAGACUUACCGGAAAUGGAAGAAAGUCAAAAGACGGAAGAUGUGUGGCAUAGAGGGAAAACGGAUAAUCGUAAUGAAAUAUUCAAUAAUGAUAGUGCCACGGGCUCUGUCGAUACAAAUUCUACAUCAUUAGCUGACAUUUUCGAUACAGCAUUCACUUCAACCGCAGAUCCGUCACCUCAGCGAUGUCCAACAGGUACAGAGAUGGAAUUUGAUCAUUUAUUUGCCGAGUCUGACAUUGAGGAAACGGACUCACAAAAUCGCAUUGAACAAUUUGCAAAUCCAGUGAAUCACUCAGAAACUGAUAAUAAUUAUGUCUAUUCACCGUAUCAUCACUUACCAUCGCUAAAUGCAGCUAUGGAGAGACGUAAACGUAUGCGUGAAAGUCUGCGUGAACGAAAACGCGAAAUUCGGGAGGAACGAAGACAUGAGCUUAUGAAUAAUCGUAUGCACCGUACGAGGUUGUGCACACGGUAUGAGAGACUGUAUGAGAGUUUCCGAAUGAGAAAUAUGAUGCAAAAUAGAGAAUUACCUGUACCAACUAAAUACAAUAGAAAUGGGGCGCAUAAGAUGACGGCUAAUAACCCUCAGAGGGAUGCUGUGAGCAUUGCAGGGCCGUCGAGGAUUAUCGAUGCACCAGUUGAUUACAGUAUUACUGGAACUGCUAAUAAUUGUCCUGAUACGAUUGAUGAAAUCGGCAAUGUUGAGUCUAUCAUCAAUGAUACAACAGCUUAUCAAAAUGAUCCGCAAUCGGUUGCUAUCUCCCAGAGUGUAUCACAACACAAUUCACAAACUGAUGAUACGCCGUCGGCCCCUGACUUGCAGUUGGAUUGGUCAACUUCCAGUAGCGAGAGUGACGAUGAAGAUGACUCAGUUAAAUUAUUAGAGGCAAUUAUUAACGGAGACGAGGAGCAAGAGCACGAACAAGAGCAACGCAAACAGGCAGUGCCAGUUGUAGAUUUAACCGCUGAAUCUGACGAAGAACACGCGAGUCAAGCGGGUUCCAGUAACACUUUGCAGCCUCAAGUGUCAGGGGUACAAGUGCCGAGGAAUGAUGUGCACUGUGUACACCGAAGCCACGAUUACAGCCGGAUGCGACGGAUGAUGCCUUCGCGCUUUCACUUUUAUCAUCCUCAGGACCAUUACCACCAUCGAUCUCUCUACCACGAUAGGCCGCCAAAUGCAGCUGGCUCCACUGGAUCUCGAAUCCAUCCAGUUCAUCAACGUAUCUGGUUACAUCAGCAAAGGAUGCAAGAAACCCAGCGGCGCACAUUGUACCCAAGAACGUCGGCUCUGCACCUUUGGCUACAGCAGCAGCAGCAGCAACAACAACAACAACAGCAGCAGCAGCAACAGUCACCAUUAAAUCAACCAUCACCACCUGCUGCACAUCCUGGAGUAUAUCAAGCUGGUCCUUACCCUGUGGAUUCUAAUAAUCCAGAUACAAUUCCAGCGCCGAGAAAUUGCUGUAUGAUCAAUGACAAUUCAAACCCAGUGCAGAGUUAUUCAAGACACGCUGGAUUACCACUUCCCCAACAACCGACGGUCUACAGUCAUCCAGAGGCCAGUGGUGCAGCAUUAGUCAGUGCCAUUACCAAUCCACCGCCCUGUCCAGUACCACUUGUGCUUAAUCCAAUGGGAAAUGAAGAUAUCGAGAACAGCCAGGCAAGUGAUAAUAUACCACCAAUACCAGUUCAUCAACAUGUCCAUCAUCACAUGUACCACUGGUCACCUAUAACACCCUAUCCCUAUCAAACCACAUCCCUCGCCAGAAUGCCACAUUUACAUAUUAGCAUUUCACCCCACAUGCCGAACAAUGUGUCCACUGAAAUAACACCAUACCCAGUCCCACUGCCGGAACUUGUAAUGCAGCAAGCUCGACACUUAACGGUAGGCCUCGAAAGCUAUAUGAGAAUCGUCGACCUGCGACGUAUGUCACAUAUUAGCUGCGGAGCAACCCAGGAAUCUAUUGAGAGUCACACAUUCCCUCAUAAAUAUAAACUGGUGAAGAAGUUAGAAAAUGGAGACGACGAUAUGGAAAAAUGUACAAUAUGUUUGUCGGAAUUUGAGGACUGUGAGAGUGUUAGAAGACUGCCUUGUAUGCAUUUAUUCCACAAAGAUUGCGUGGACCAAUGGCUAUGUACCAACAAACGGUGUCCAAUAUGUCGCGUUGAUAUCGAAACGUUUGUACACAAAGAGUUGACUGCAACUAUAUAGUUUAAGAUCAACUAUAGCCCGUUAUAUUAUUAUUAUUAUCCAAUUACUUUGUUGGUGUACUGAAAACUUGGAAGAACGUGAAAAAUACGGCUCCACUUGGACACUUACUCAUGAGCUAUCGGAGAAGAUUUACCACAAUUGCAUUUUCUCAUUCUUCAAACGGAUCUAAUGCUAAAAUUUAACGAGCAGUGGAAUUAAAUUCUUUCGAAAUUAAAUUAAGGUAAAUAACAGUUUUCAAAUUGUACGUGCUGGAGAUGAUUAAUACUUUUUUUUCCAUUACGAGUACAUAAUAAGAGUGAUAGAACGAUCGACUUGAUGUGAACAGGAAAUUGGCCAGUUUACAAUUCGAUGACUGCUAAAUUGAAGGAUAGAAUAUUCCAAAUUUUCUUCCGAAAUCCAAUCGAGUAGGCGCUUGUUUUCUUCUCUUGACAAAUGUUAGAAUCAUUGCAGAUGUUCAAUAUUUUUUACACAUGUCUUUCUGUUGAAUGUCUUAUUUGUUUUUAAUGAAAAGUUCCAAAGUCUCUGAAAUGGAAAAAGCAUCAGGUGGCCAUCCGCCAUCAGUUUCACUGGACAAAUUGUCCAGAAAAAAAACUAGUCCAUAUUUUUAAUUUCUAGCCUCAUUUUUAAUUUUUAAACAUGGUUGCAUGUUUCAAUUUUUAUUUGGAAUGAAAUACCACGUCGAAUUCAAGAUUUGCAAGACACUUGCGAAAUGCAUAUCAUGAGAAAUAAAUUAAUUAAUUUUCCAUUCUCUUUAUCUUUAUUUGACUGCGGAAAUUUAUUACUAAUUGGAAUUUUAAAAAAACAAUAAUGAAGACGAGUGUUUAAGGACAAGUAAUGAUAAAAGUUAAAUCAAUUUCUCUUCCUUCAUCGAGCGAGAUGGAGACCAGUGACAAAUUAAAGUUUUCAAUUGCCUGAAAACCAAGUUUUAUAAACAAUUUUCCUAAGAGUGUAGACGUAUCGCCCCCUACAUAGUUGAUCUUGUUGAAUAAUAUAAAAACUCAAUCAACGGAAUGAAACAAUUCAAGUAGAAUUAAAUAAAGUGAAUCAUGAGACAAUUAGUAUGCUGAAGGUGCUGAUUUACUUUCUACGUAUGUUAUAAGCGUCAUUAUUAUUAACAUUGUUAUUAUUAUUAUUAUUUUUAUAGAGCAUUGUGUAAUGCUCACAUCUUUAGGAAUGAAAUUACCUAUUGAGUAAAUGACAUUGUCAUUCCAUAUGACAUUGUCGGUUGAAUACAAUGUAAUAAUAAUUUUCUAUCCAUCUUAAAUUCCAUAUCUUUAAUUGUAAAUAUUGUGCUAGAUAGUGUAUAAUUGAUUGUACUGGUUUUAUUGUUGAAUUGGGAUAAUAGAAUAAACGUUAUACAGAAUA